CUCACCACAACUCAACCUGUCGGUCUGUCAGAGAUGUCUGUGUGCCGUUUUAUCUUGAUUUUCAUCUUUAUGUGGGGUGUUGAUGCAGAUGAAGUGAAGUCUGUGUCAGUGAUGGAGGGAGAUUCUGUCACUCUACACACUAAUCUUACUCACAUACAGACACAAGAUCACAUACUGUGGCACUUUGGACCUCAAGAGACUCGUAUAGCGGAAAUCUAUAAGGAAAUUAUUGAUAUGUUUGACAAUAAUGAAAUAUUUGGAGACAGACUGAAGCUGAACAGUAAGACCGGAUCUCUCAACAUCAGAAACAUCAGAAUCACAGACUCUGGACUUUAUAAACUACAGAUCCAGCGUUUUGAAACGCUUUCACACAGGAGAUUCGAUGUAACUGUCUAUGCUCGUCUCUCUUUUCCUGUCAUCAGCAGAGACUGUUCUUAUUGUUCUUCAUCAUCAGAAAGAUCUUCAGCGUCAAAAUGUGUGUUGUUGUGUUCAGUGAUGAAUGUGACACAUGUGGAAUAUCAGGAUACAAACACAUACAGAUGUGUGGUGUCCAAUCCGGUCAGCAACCAGACUCAACAUCUCAACAUCACUCAUGUCUGUCAGGCGUGUUCAGUGUCGCCCUCAGAGAAGAUCCAGUGUUUCAGUUUUACUGAAGCUGUGAUCCGAUUGGUCCUCUCUGCUCUGGUGGGCGUGGCCACGAUCGCUGUAGUGGUUAGUGACGUCAGAUCCAGAAGAGCUGGACAGAAGCAGAGAGAUCAGACAUCACACCAAGAAUCUGAACAAUGCGCAUGAGAAUACACCAAUUUAUUUGAUGUUUAAGAGUCAUUUCCUGUUUUUGAAUGUUAUUAAAAAUGUUUUAACAAUCAUACGUGGAAUCAUUUUUCAAAUAAUACACAAUUGUCAGCAAUAGGUCUUUUAAAGCAGC